GCCAGCUAGACCGCGUCCCCAAGCCAUGGUCCGUACCGGCCGCGGCUCAGCCUGGGCCCCUCUGCUCCAGACCCGAGUGCCCAAAGCAGGCUUUUCUUUCAUGCCAGCAGCCUUUAACUGCCUUCCAAAAAUAAGCCCCUGCCGCCAUGCCGAGGGGAGAAAAACAAGAAGGGCGGUAUUUUUAGGGCCAUUAAUUCUGACCACGUGCCUGAGAGGCAAGGUGGAUGGCCCUGGGACAGAGGCUGCUCAUCACUAUGUCCCGGGGAGCAGGACGUCUGCAGGGCACGCUGCGGGCUCUCAUCUUCCUCGGCGUCCUCGUGGGCAUGGUGGUGCCGUCUCCCGCGGGCUCCCGCGCCAACAGCACGCUGCUGGCUUCGAGGGGCUGGGGCACCCUGCUGUCCAGGUCUCGGGCUGGGCUGGCUGGAGAGAUUGCUGGCGUGAACUGGGAAAGCGGCUAUUUGGUGGGGAUCAAGCGGCAGCGGAGGCUCUACUGCAACGUGGGCAUCGGCUUCCACCUCCAGGUGCCCCCCGACGGCCGGAUCAGCGGCACCCACGAGGAGAACCCCUACAGCUUGCUGGAGAUUUCCACAGUGGAGCGAGGCGUGGUGAGUCUCUUUGGGGUGAAAAGUGCCCUCUUCGUUGCCAUGAACAGUAAAGGAAGAUUAUACACCACGCCCAGCUUCCAAGAGGAGUGCAAAUUCAGAGAGACCCUCCUGCCCAACAAUUACAACGCCUAUGAGUCAGACCUGUACCGAGGCACCUACAUCGCGCUGAGCAAAUACGGACGGGUGAAGCGGGGCAGCAAAGUGUCCCCGACCAUGACCGUCACUCACUUCCUCCCCAGGAUAUAAGGACCCUGAAGGAAGGCUCACAGGCGGAAAGCGAUGCCUUUUCUGUUGGAAUUUUGCACGAGUGAACAAUUGCCCCCUCCUCCCAUGCCCCCCUAUUCGGGGUCCUUUUGUGCUUGGGGGGACCUGAGUCGGUUCCCUUGGCCACCGGACCCCAUAUGACAUGUGACCCACCCAAGUGAGGGGUUGCAGCCGGCAUCCUAGAAUGGCAAUGGAUCCCAUGCUCUGACCUCAUCUGAGGAAAGACGGUCCAGAGACACUUGGGGGAUGGGACCCUGGACACAGGAAGAGGCGGGGAGGAAGCAUGUGUGUGUGCUGAUGUAUAUCUGUACAUCUUGGUACAUAUCGUCAGAACCAAGGCAUCUCGGAACAGCAGGCUCCUUCCUCCCGGGGUCACCGCUUCAGGAAUCUGCCUGCAGGAAUGUCACCUGUGAACCCAGCAGGAUUGACACAUGCCUCCGUUCUGCCUCUUUCCAGUCAC